CGGUUUUUCACCAGCGUCUGGAAGUGGUGUUCCGGUUUGCUCCAGUAUUUCACCAGCGUUACCGGUUUAUCGCCCGCGAGUCAUCCGCGAGUCACCAGUGUGCACCCGUCUUCACCAGCGAUUUUCCCGUAGGGCGACCUGCCAAAGAAAUGGACAGCCAACAUCCUCAUCCUUAGCAAUGGCACGGCAGAGCAAGUAAAGCGCUCACUGGCUCUUGAUACAGAUGAUCAGCAUGAUGGAUUCUUGCUCAAUACCUUUGAACCAAGUGUCUUCCCGGCGUUGUUCACGGACCAGCUCAGCAGCCUCGAGCCGGUCUCGCAGCAGGUACAGUCAACAACGAUCCAAUGGCUUCACCUGACAACGUUCCCAUCUCUCCUGAUACACUGCGCUGUGUCAAACGCAUUCAGGAGAACGAUCUAGACCAUGCCGAGCUGAGGAAGGCAGUCCGUCAUCUUGAACGGGACUUUACGUUGCCUGCCUGCAGGGCACAAGCGCACUGGAUUUCCAUGGCUAUCUUUCAGCAUGGUGCCAAGAAUCUGCAAGUCACCGUACCAAUCGAGGCACGAUCAGCGCCUGGCAGAGGUAGAAGCAGAGCAGCAGGUAGUCCACCACGACGAGAACGACAUGCAGGCACGACAAGCACGACGCAAUACACGACACAAUGCGCCACACUAUGAGCAAGACGACAACACGCAGGCACGACAAGCACGUAAACGUAGCAAGCGCGCAAAACACCUUGCACAACAUUCGUAGGGAGUAUAGUAAGCCUU